AUGGAAGGCAAUGACAAUAGACAGAAUAAGAAGCUCCUAAACCAAAUCUCACAAAAGUCUACAUCACUGAGGGAGAAACCAGGGUUGUUAAUGAGCAUGAAAUCACCCAGAUAGAUUCAGCUACCAAGAUGCAGUCAAGACAUGGUAUAGAAAUUGAAUGCAACAAUCUUUUCCAAGAUGAAGGCACCAGGACUGUGUUGACCAAAGGGAAUGCUGGCAUAGGGAAAACAGUUUGUGUGCAUAAGUUUAUUCUUGACUGGGUCGACGGAGAAGCAAACCACAACAUCAAGUUCAUCUUUGUCCUACCAUUUCGGGAGCUCAGUUUACUUACAGGAGAAUUUAGUUUUCAUGAAGUUCUUGUUGAGUUCCAUCGAGAACUUAACAGUCUUAACAAUCCAGAUAUCUACGACAGCAAUACAACUCUCUUCAUUCUUGAUGGCCUGGAUGAAAGCAAAUUUCCUUUGAACUUUUCCAAGAAGAUGGUAGCAGACAUGCAAAUGUCCACCACAGUGGAUGUUCUAAUCACAAGCCUCAUUAAAGGGAAGCUGUUUGAGUCUGCUCUCCUUUGGAUAACCUCACGGCCAGCCGCUGUUACCCAAGCUCUGUUAACACAUGUUGACCAGAUAACAGAAGUCCGAGGUUUCAAUGACCAACAGAGAGAGGAGUAUUUCCACAAGAGAAUCAGUAACCCUACUCUGGCUAACACCAUUAUUUCACAUAUCAAGACAUCACGCAUCCUCUACAUCAUGUGCCACAUCCCUCUGUUCUGUUGGAUCACUGCAACAGUUUUCCAGAAAAUGCUUGCUCAGGGAGGCAGCUGUGAAAUUCCCAAGACCCUUACCAGCAUGUAUUGCCACUUCCUGCUCAUCCAGACUGACAGAACACACAAAAAGUCCCUUGAUGCAAGUGAAAUGGACUGGCAGAAACUUCCAGAGUGGAACAGUGUCAUUUUGAAAGUUGCCAAGCUAGCUUUUACACAACUGGACAAGGACCGAGUCAUUUUUAGCGAAGAGGACCUUAAGGAAUGUGGAAUUGGCGCCAAUGAUUCUCUUGUCUCUGGGAUGUGCACAGAGAUCUUGAAGGAGGAAUCUGACCGUUACAACAUCAACUUGCAUGAGAAGAUGUACUACUUUGUGCAUCUUAGCAUCCAGGAGUUCCUUGCUGCCUUCUUUGCAUUUCACUGCUAUUUAAGCAAGAACCUGAAGCCUAUUAAGAAUUUUCUGGCUCAGAAGAACAAACCUAUGCCUGAUGAUUUGACACUGGACAAAUUGCUAAAAAUGGCAGUCAACAAAGCACUGGACAGUAAAAAUGGUCACUACGACCUGUUUGUCAGAUUUCUUCAUGGCAUCUCACUGGAGUCCAAUCAAAGGAUUUUAGGUGGCCUCCUGCCCCGUGUAGAGUCUGAUCAAGAAACCAUGGGACGAAUCAUCAGCAACCUCAAGAAAGUACAGAGGAGGAAUAUCUCAGCAGAAAGGUGCCUGAAUCUCUUCCACUGCCUCAGUGAAAUGAAUGACCGUUCGCUCCACGAGGAAGUCCAGGGAUUUCUGAAUUCAGAGAAUUCAGGCCCAGGCAAAAUGUUGUCACUGGCACAUUGUUCUGGACUAGCCUACACACUUCAGCUCUCUGAUGAUGUUCAGGAAGAGUUUGACUUGAAAAAGUACAACACCUCUGACGAGGGUCGCAAGAGACUGGUUCCAGCUGUGAAAAACUGCCGUAAGGCCGUACUUGCUGGCUGUAAACUCACAGAGAGCUCCUGUGACAUUGUGGCCUCAGCAUUACAGUCUGCAGACUCAGCGCUGAGAGAGUUGGACCUGAGUGACAACGAUCUUCAGGAUUCCGGGAUUGAGAUUCUCUGUUCUGGACUGAAAAGUACAAACUGUAAACUGGAGAAACUGAGAUUAUCUUGCUGUGGGAUCACAAAGAAAGGCUGUGAAGCAUUGGCCUCUGCUCUGGAUUCCAAUCCUUCUUACCUGAGAGAGCUUGACCUGAGCCGCAAUUACCCAGGGACAGAGGGACGGGCCAUACUCUCUAAAUGGCUGAAACCAGGGUUUGCAAUAAGUUUUGACAAUGAAGCAGAAUACUGGUUGAAGUCCGGACUACGUAAAUAUCCCUGCAAAAUCACUUUAGACCAAAACACAGCCCACAAAAAGCUAAGUUUGAAGAACCAAAAGGUUAGUGUGGAAAAGCAGGACCAGACGUAUCCAAAUCACCCUGAGCGAUUCCAGCACUGUCAGCAGUUCCUUUGUACUGAGGGCCUGACCGGAAAAGCCUACUGGGAAGUGGAAUGGAGUGGACGUGCUGCAGUUGGUGUUGCGUACAAGAGUAUUCGCAGGGACAGAAAAGAUGAGAGUAGGAUCGGAUGCAAUGACAAGUCCUGGUGUCUGGAGCAAUUCAUCAACUCAUCCAAAGCCAAGUACAAUAACAACACUGAAGACAUCUCUACUUCUCGCUCUAAGUCUGGGCGACUGGGAGUGUUCUUGGACUGGCCAGGUGGAACUCUGUCCUUCUACAAUAUCUCCUCAGGGGCACUGACCCACCUGCACACAUUCCGUGCAAGAUUUGUUGAACCUCUUUACCCAGCGUUUGAGGUUUCAGAGAGUGUUACUCUCAAAGAGACAGGUUAGCGAGAUCUAAAAUGAUUUGCUGUAAUACAGUUACUAUUGAAUUACACAGAUAUAUAUACAUUACCAUUGAUGGCCAAGGUGUAGUCAGGCUGCCAGCAUGUUUUAAAGAUUGUGUAUAAAUAUUGGAUUUUACCAGCUUUAUCUACCAUACAUUAUCAGAUAUGUUCUACUGUUUUUGUACCUGUGAUCAUACUAAUGACUUUAAGCUCUUUGCAAGUUAUUUUUUAUUGCCUGUGUCAACAGUUUAGUGAUACUUACAUUAAUCCUUACAUCAAAGUCAAAUGUAUUUGUAUAGCCCAUUAUCAUACACAGUUGUUAUUCAACACAUUGAUUUCUACCAGUUUUUGGUCUUCCAGAGAAUUUGUUUUUAUUUUAUUUUUUUUAAAUUCUUUGUAGGCCUACUACAUAUCUGAAAUGCACAUCCCUGAA